AUGAAGCUAUUCCUGUUCAUCAUCAGCCUCACCCUGGUCAGCGCUAGGACGCCCUACGUGCCCAUUCCUCUGAACUAUCACAAGGAUAUUGGCAUCCCACAAGCGGAUAGGAUCAAGAAGGCUGAAACGGCGUUGGACUUCGAUGGCAACAGAAUACUUGGGGGAUCUCCAGCUGGUUUGGGAGUACACCCUUAUAUCGCGGGUCUACUCAUAACCCUGACAGACGGCAGGGUUUCAAUGUGCGGCGCCUCUCUCAUCUCCAACACUCGUCUUGUGACAGCCGCCCGUUGCUGGCAGACUGUAGGCGCCCAGGGUUCCUCCAUGGAGGUCGUCCUCGCCUCCACUCGCCUCUUCUUCGGAGGCACCAGGGUCUUAACAUCUGAUGUCCAGCUCCACGAAAACUACGACCAGUAUACCUUGAAUAAUGACAUUGGGAUUAUAAGCAUACCUUUUGUGGCAUAUAGCGACAACAUCCAGAACAUCGGACUCCCGACCGGUCUGUUCCUCAGCCUCACGUACUCCGGCGAGCACGUCAUCGCCGCCGGUUACGGAGGGACUUCCGACUGUAACAACAAUGACCCACUACUCCGACACGCCUCACUAGAGGUCAUGCACAACUGGGACUGUAGCGCGGUCUACGGAACAAACACUGUGGUCGCCUCUACGAUAUGUACUAGCGGAACUAGCGGCCUCGGUACAUCCGGCCCUUGUGCUGGUGACGUUGGCGGCCCGUUGGUGUGGAACUUCCUCGGGGACAGAUAUUUGAUCGGUGUGACCUCGUUCAUGGCGGCGAGCGGUUGUGACGCAAACCUACCAGCUGGGUACACGAGGGUGACUUCCUACGACAGCUGGAUACGAGCCAGACUUUGAGCGAUCUAGGACAGACGUUUAUUGUCAUUAAAUGUUACUUUUUCAGUUUAAUUCAGAGAUUUAUUUAGAUAUAUUCAGUUACUUGUA